CGAACGAGAACCAGAAUCAGGGUGAUGCUGAUGCUGGUGACAAGUUCCCAUAGAAGUCGACACGGCAUUAUUAUUAUUUAUUUAUUUUGAAAACAACGUGGAAGCGUACGAAACGAAGCGCCGGAUCGGGUUGAAGUUGUCUGCACCAAAUUUCACACCCAUUUUCGAAAGGCCAAACGAAUCGAAACAAGUUCAAUAUUAUUUAUUGGCCAAAUUUUAAUUCAUGUUAAAUAUUUUAGUACAGGAAUGUUUUUUAUGUGGCUCUCCUCUCGGAAUCCGCUAAUUCCGUUGCCUAUAUAAGAGCCUUUGUUUACCAACUGGAACUGACAGUCGCUUCGAGACACUUGCUUGGACUGUUUUAAGAUUAUUGACUAAACAUAUUACCGGUUACUGAUUGAUCGCAAUGAGAACUCUACUGCUGCUUGUCGGGUUCGUGGUCGCUGCUUGGGCCUCGGACACGAGUGACCUGAUCUCCCAAGAAUCGAAUGUGGAGUACAACGGAAAAUAUCACUAUCACUACGAACUCGCCGAUGGCUCCAAGGCCACUCAGGACGGACUCCUAAAGACGGUGAAUGCCGAGCACGAUGGCGAAGCGGUCCAUGGCAAAUACUCGUUUGUGUCCGACGAUGGCAACACCUAUGUGGUGUCCUACACCGCCGACGAGAAUGGAUAUCAUGCGGUGGGCGAUCACCUGCCCACACCGCCGCCCACGCCCCUGUCUGUUCUAAAGACUCUGGAGUACCUCAAGCUGCAUCCCUACAACCCCCCAGAGAAGCAGCACUGAGGAUCCGACUAGGACCAAGCGCAAAUGUGAUUAGAACCAAAAGAACUGAGAACAAUUAAACAAUACUAUGAUCAAUUCAA